CGAACAGUGUCUACCCCUUCUCUCUCACACACACACAGACGCAUUCAUCGGACUCAGCUGAGAAAGCAAAGAUGCAGAGCGUCGGCAGGCGAUUGGGUUACCAAUACAUCAGGCAUUCGGCCGCUCCGAUUUCUUCUUUCAAAUCGGCUUACUCGCUACCCGAUCAAUAUUAUGGAGCGGAUAAUCCGAGAUGGGCUUCUACUCUUGCCACCAAAGGCGUGGGGCAUUUAGUGCGUAAGGGCACUGGUGGCAGAUCAUCUGUUAGUGGCAUUAUCGCGACAGUAUUUGGGGCUACAGGAUUUCUGGGACGAUAUCUAGUGCAGCAACUCGCUAAGAUGGGUUCUCAAGUACUUGUUCCUUUCCGAGGCUCUGAGGAUUCUCAUCGUCACCUUAAAUUGAUGGGUGAUUUGGGUCAGAUUGUUCCCAUGAAAUAUGAUCCUAGAGAUGAAGAUUCGAUUAAGGCAGUGAUGGCAAAGGCUAAUGUUGUUAUUAAUCUUAUCGGAAGGGACUACGAGACCAGAAAUUACAGUUUUGAGGAAGUGAACCAUCACAUGGCUGAACAGCUUGCUGUCAUUGCAAAAGAACAUGGUGGCAUCAUGAGAUACAUUCAAGUUUCUUGCUUGGGAGCAUCUCCAUCAUCUCCCUCCAAGCUGCUUAGAACUAAAGCAGCUGCUGAAGAAGCUAUCUUGCGAGAAUUGCCCGAGGCCACAGUUGUGAGACCUGCUGUGAUGAUUGGUACAGAGGAUCGAAUUUUAAACCCAUGGGCACAUUUUGCAAAAAAGUACAGCUUUAUCCCACUUAUGGGGGAUGGAUCAACCAAGAUUCAGCCAGUAUACGUCGUUGAUGUUGCAUCGGCAAUUAUUGCGGCCUUAAAAGAUGAUGGAUCAAGCAUGGGAAAAGUUUAUGAACUUGGUGGACCCGAUAUUUACACAAUGCACCAAUUGGCAGAACUCAUGUUUGAAACGAUUCGUGAAUAUCCUCACUACGUGAAGAUUCCUUUCCCUAUUGCUAAGGCUAUUUCAACACCUCGAGAGCUAUUGCUCAAGAAGGUUCCCUUUCCAUUGCCUGUCCCUACCAUAUUCAAUUUGGACCUGAUUGAAUCCCUUUCCACUGAUACAGUGGUAUCUGAAAAUGCUUUAACAUUUGAGGAUCUCGGGAUCGCGCCACGUAAGCUGAAGGGAUAUCCAGUUGAAUUUCUUAUACAAUACCGUAAAGGGGGUCCAAACUACGGUUCAACAGUCAGUGAGAAAAUUUCCCCCAAGUGGUCUUGAUCCUCGUCAGUUUCUUUCUUUUGAGGUAGGGUUUGUUUUUUGUCUGAAUUUCUGCAGCACCAUGUGAAAUUCACACCUUAUCGAGUGACUUGAUGGAGAAUUGUAGUAGUUAUUGCAUAUUUACAUUUUGCUAAUUGGUGUAACGGUUGAAUAAACAAAUCAGUUCAACCUUCAAAACAAGGAUGAGUCAUCGAGACCCUUUGGAAGAAAGGUACGGAGGAAGAACACGAUUCAUAUAUAUAUAUAUUGCCUAAAAAUAGUCUCUUUCCAAAAAUGAUGCACCACAUUUGCUUAGGCUGUAAGCCUUAAAUCCUUUCAUGUAACAUAAGUGAAGAGAACAGUGUUUAUUUCCCUUCGUCGACUCGAUUUUUCUGUUAUAUCUCUGUUUUUUUUUAAUCAUAUUCACAUGGAAUUGUGCUCAAA